AUGAUUAAUUCCCAAACCCCAUCCUCAUUUAAUAAUAAAAGUUCUUAUUUUGAACCGAAAUUAACAGCCUAAAAUAAUCAAUUGAAUUCUUUCAGCCAUUCUAACAUAUUUUAAUAAAAGGAAAUCUAAAAAGUCCCAUACAAAAAUCCAAAUAUUAAAGCUUUCGGAUCAAAAUCUGAUGCACAAAAGUAGUAGGUGUUAGCACAGUAGCAGAGUUAAAAUAGUCCCUUAAAAGCAUCUACGCACAAGGACAUCAAUAAAAUGACAAUUAAUAAGUAUAGAACCAAUAAGCAACUCUUGUGAGGAAUAAAAAUGACUCUGCACUGGCUAAUUCUUAGCCUAAACUUAUAAAAGUAGCUUCAGUAAAACAAUUUUCUCCAUUUCAACCUAAACAUUCUUCCGAUCAAAUAACAAGUGCUCAGCAGAAUUUCAAAGUCACAAAUAUUUAAUCUAGUGCAAAUAACAAAUAGAUUUAACUUGCAAAAACAACUAGAUAUGAAUCCAACAUCAUCACGACAGAAAGAGAGCCUCGUUUCAAACGCUUUUCUACAAAAACCACUGAAGAAUAAAUUAAUCCAGAAUAACUUAAUGCAGAGUAAGCUCUACCUAAAAGUAGAUAAUUUUCAAGCAAUAAUGAAAAGAAGCAGGAAUCUAAUUCAAUAGGUCUUAAUCCAUAGAUCAAAACUGAGGUUAGAGAUAUUUAAACUAAAUAAGACAGGCGAUAGAAUUCUACUGGGUAAUAAUAAUAAUAAUAGUAAGAGAAUUCUAAGAGAACUAAUUCAUUAAAAAAAAUAACCAUACCUGCUGUUUAAUUAGUUAAUGUUAAUUUUCCUAAUGAGAAUUUUUCAAUAAAUUCAAGAACACCUGAUCACCUUUUGAAUUCUUUACGCUCUCAAAAACCAAAAAAUUUCUUAUAAAGAAUUCCACAAAAAAAGAGAAUUACUUAGUAAAAUUCUGAAAAUGAUUCGACUUGA